CCGUCUCUCUAUUUAUACGCCCCACGCCCCACUCCUCCAAAUUGUGGCUUGUGGGCGAUCCCGUUGCGGUUUGAGUUCCUCCCUCUCCUUGCCAGGACCGCGAUUUCGUUGCUCUUCAGCUUGCAUUUUGUUCUCACUCACAUAAUGGCCACUGGGCAAAUUUUCUCGCGAAAUACUCAAGCUUUAUUUUACAAUUAUAAGCAACUUCCAAUCCAGAGGAUGCUUGAUUUCGACUUCCUUUGUGGAAGGGAAACACCUUCUGUCGCUGGAAUAAUAAAUCCUGGUUCAGAGGGGUUUCAAAAGCUAUUUUUUGGACAGGAAGAAAUUGCAAUUCCCGUCCAUUCAACAAUUGAAGCAGCAUGUGCUGCACACCCAACUGCUGAUGUUUUUAUCAAUUUUGCAUCAUUCAGAAGUGCGGCAGCCUCUUCUAUGUCAGCUUUGAAGCAACACACCAUUCGAGUAAUUGCUAUUAUAGCUGAAGGUGUUCCAGAGUCAGACACAAAGCAGCUAAUUGCAUAUGCAAGAGCUAAUAACAAGGUAGUUAUUGGUCCAUCCACUGUUGGAGGCAUUCAAGCUGGUGCUUUUAAGAUUGGUGACACUGCUGGAACAAUUGACAAUAUAAUUCAAUGCAAGCUUUACAGGCCUGGAUCUGUUGGAUUUGUGUCUAAAUCGGGUGGCAUGUCAAAUGAGCUUUACAACACAAUUGCCCGUGUCACGGAUGGAAUUUAUGAAGGUAUUGCAAUUGGAGGAGAUGUUUUUCCUGGCUCAACUCUUUCUGAUCAUGUUCUGCGCUUUAACAACAUCCCUCAAGUCAAGAUGAUAGUUGUGCUGGGGGAAUUGGGUGGGAGAGAUGAAUACUCCCUUGUUGAGGCUCUAAAAGAAGGAAAAAUUCAUAAACCAGUAGUGGCUUGGGUUAGUGGAACCUGUGCCCGUCUAUUCAAAUCUGAAGUGCAAUUUGGCCACGCUGGUGCAAAAAGUGGUGGUGAAUUGGAAUCAGCACAAGUGAAAAAUCAGGCACUCAGAGAUGCUGGAGCAGUUGUUCCAACUUCAUAUGAAGCAUUUGAGACUGCAAUCAAAGAAACAUUUGAGAAGCUGGUUGAGGAAGGGAAGAUUUCUCCUGUACCUGAAAUUAAACCACCUCAAAUUCCAGAGGAUCUUAAAUAUGCAAUCAAAAGUGGGAAGGUCCGGGCUCCAACCCAUAUCAUCUCUACCAUUUCAGAUGACAGAGGUGACGAACCUUGUUAUGCUGGCGUACCUAUGUCUACUAUUGUCCAAAGUGGCUUUGGUGUGGGUGAUGUCAUCUCCCUUUUGUGGUUCAAGCGUAGCCUACCACGUUAUUGCACACAAUUCAUAGAGAUCUGCAUCAUGUUAUGUGCUGAUCAUGGUCCCUGUGUUUCUGGUGCUCAUAACACUAUAGUUACAGCAAGGGCUGGAAAGGAUUUAGUCUCCAGUCUGGUAUCAGGGUUACUCACAAUUGGUCCUCGAUUUGGUGGGGCAAUUGAUGAUGCUGCUCGGUAUUUCAAAGAUGCAUAUGAAAAAGGCCUCACCCCUUAUGAGUUUGUUGAAGGCAUGAAAAAGAAGGGCAUUCGAGUACCAGGAAUAGGACACAGGAUCAAAAGCAGAGACAACAGAGACAAGAGAGUGGAGCUCCUGCAAAAGUAUGCACACACUCAUUUCCCGUCUGUAAAGUACAUGGAAUAUGCUGUGCAAGUUGAGACGUACACUCUCUCAAAGGCAAACAACUUGGUUCUUAAUGUUGAUGGCGCAAUUGGAUCUCUUUUCUUGGAUCUUCUAGCUGGAAGUGGAAUGUUCAGCAAACAAGAAAUCGAUGAGAUUGUCGAAAUUGGAUAUCUAAAUGGUCUGUUUGUGUUGGCACGCUCAAUUGGUCUGAUUGGGCACACAUUUGAUCAGAAGAGAUUGAAGCAGCCACUCUAUCGACACCCAUGGGAGGAUGUUUUGUACACAAAGUGAUCACUUUCAAACGCAUGGCGAAUCCAAAUCAACUUUACUUUCCCUUCAUUAUCAAAUCUCUUUUUUUUUUUUCUGGGAUUCACACAAGUGCUUAAGCAGAGCUUUAUGCGAGCCCAUUUUUCCAGUUUUCUUUCUUAAGACUCUGCCUGUCUAAUUGAACCUGCUUAACCUCACAUGUUUGCCUGUCUAAUGAUUGAAGGUUCAGUUGACUAUUUUUUUUGUUCUCCGACACAAAUAAACUGAAACAUAAGUUGGCUUCACUUAAUUUUAUAAAGCUGAUUUCUUUUUCUUA